UAAACAACCGACCACGACGCCUCGGAGAGCGAAUUUCUCCUGUUGUUAUCUCCGCUCGGUCUCUCCGACUUAAGCUAAAAUGUCUAAAAUCGAUAUGCUGAGGCUUCUGAUAAACCAGCGGCUCACCGCGGCCGCAGAGGAGAUCUUCGGUGUGUUCGGAAGAACCAUCGCGGAGUACGAAGAGGAGAUCUCCCGCUCCAAGCUGGAGAUCGACCGCCAGCGCCGGCUGCUGGACCUCUCCAUGAAGCCGCAGAUAUCUGUGCAGGUCAACAGCUCAGCUCUCUCUGAGCAGCAGGACUGGAGCUCCAGUCUGGACCUGAACCAGAUGAAGUCUCCUCACAUCAAAGAGGAGGAGGAGGAGGAGGAGGAGGAGCUGUGGACGCCUCAGCAGGAGGAGACACCUCAGACAACGCCUCUGUUGUUCCAGAGCGGCGGCGGGAGAAACAAGCAGGAUGACAACCACAUGACCUCUCGGUCGCGCCAAGACCCGCAGGACUCGGAGCUGGACUACCAGCCGGGCACCUCGGUCCAGCACCCCUGCUCGGACCUUGACGAGGACUGCCCUGAAGCUUCAGACCCAGCUUCAGGUAACGACCACCUGGACUCUGAACUGGAGGCGCCGCUGUCCGAGGUGGUCGACUCGUACAUCUGCACCAUCUGCGGCCGCGCGUUCGCUCAGCGGGGCCACUGGGCCAAACACGUCCAGGUUCACCGCAAGGUCGAGACCAAAGCCGACAAGUCGUACACGUGUGACAUCUGCGGGAAGAGACUCACGCGGUUCGACGGUUAUCAGAAACACUUGAGGAUUCACACGGGUGAAAAGCCGUACUGCUGCGACGAGUGCGGCCGCAGAUUCAGCGACAACUCCAACUACAAACGGCACAUUCGGACACACGUGGGACAGAAAACCCAGCAGAGCUGAGGCUGCGGGACCAGGACCCGGAUUCACACUGAUGAGGGACCUCAAAGCUUUGUCAGAGGAGGCUUCGUGCACGAGACAACACGGCCAAGACACGAAGAAGCAAUUUCUGCCCCUCCCCCGCCCCGACUUAUUUAGACUGAUGGUUAUUUUAUUUAUUUUUAAAGCUAAAGGAUUUCACCACAGCCGGAUUCCUGAUUAAUUGGUUUGUUGAUCGAUUUCUUGGUCAGCUGCCAUUUAACCGGAGGGAGAGUAACAGCAUUUCAAAGCUUCGACGUUUCAUUGUGUGCAGACACACGACCGGGAAGCCGUGGACGUACAGGACCCUUUGAUUUCUGUGAUGCUGAAAACACGGACGCAGGAAAAUGGCUGAAAUUCACAAGAUCUGGAUGUAAUUUAGAAAAAUCUGUAGCGUGUGUGUGUAGCGUUAUUUUCACAGCGUCUAAGCUGAUUGAACAGGGAGAAAAGUUGCUGACUAGAGUGCAUCACUUCAGUAAACUGUGUGUGUGUGUGUGUGUGUGUGUGUGUGCGUGCGGAGUCUUAAAUCAGCUUCAUUGAUGUUGAACUGUUGAAAUUUGAUUCAUCCAUCACAGGAUGAGACACAAAAUGUGCUUGAAUAGUCAAACACAGAGUUCAGACUUGGAAAAUCAUGAAGCAGAAUCUGGAGGAAAGAAAAGCAGAUUUCAUCGGGCCCUGCACGGCCCUGCCUCACCCUGAUCCACGUUUGAGUGGACACGGACCAAGACAUGUGAGAGGAGACAUAUAUUGUAUUUUUGUAUAUUAUCUACUGUGUUUUAACAGAUAUUUAUACACUGGAGGACGCGAUGUCGCAGUUUACAGACAGUCAGGUGCAGCUCAGACCUGCCAGUGUUUGACUUGUUUCUGAACGUCUGUGUCCACUCGAGAUUUUAUUUUUCUAUGUUACUGUUAGAGGAAAAGUCUGCAGCACAAACACGAUGAAGUCAGAGCUACAUGUCAACGAUACAGAACAGCUGAAUCCCAGCUCAGAACCACGGCUGCCGACACAGUCAGCAGGAAAUCAGUGUUGUUUGUACGACUUCACCUGAAGGAAUAAAAUCACAUGAUUGAAACUCAGUUUCAUUUUCCUCCCAGUGAUUCAAAUAGUUUGUUUUAAUUUCUAAAUCCCACAGCAACUUUUUUUAUGGAUGAUCUCUUAUUUUUCGUGACUUUGGAGAAUUCUGUUUAUCCUGACGAGACAGUCACAGUUUGGAAACACCAACACUGUCCUCGAGUGAUAACCAGUUUAUCUCUCUCCAGUCCAGUUUAAUCUGGUGAAAUUUGGUCCAUUUGAAGAAUAUUAUCAUUAUGAAAAAUUGAAAACAGCUGACAGCUCUUCAAAAUAACUUUCAUUAAAAUG